AUGGCUUCACUGGACCUUCAGCUCGUGCUUCAUGCACACCUAAACCACGCCACUGUUGCCACCAACCCGCAAGAGUUAACAAAGCACCUCCAAGCCUUCACGCGUGAUUGGAAGAAGGAGCCCAGUCUCGACCAGUUCGAUGCAGCACUCGGAGUCAUGCAGGAGGCGAGGAGAUCAACCAUUAACUUGGAGAUGGUUGCUCUGUGGUGGAUCGGCUACCUACAGGACGUUACCCUCAGCGAGGCUAUCGACACAUUCUCAGUCGAUCUCAGAGAUGUGGAUAUUUUGGCGGAACUGGUCAGGAGUCCUUCGGCGACAGUGGUCAAGCGCGCUGUCCAAACAUGUGCUUCCAUCUACCCAGUCGUCUUUCAGAUUUGUUGUCAGGAGUCUGCGGAUCUCACUAAACUCUGGGGGGAAUAUGCUGUCAGGAUCAAGCAGGCUGUGUUGGGUCAUCUUGGAACUCCCAACGAGGGUAUUCUCUUGGCGAUCUCCAAGUACAUGCAGACUGUUGUCCAGAUCCAGUCUCACAGUCAACGGAACUCUAUGGCUCAUGAUUCGGAGACAUUGUCGCUCAACAAGAUCCCAUCUACUCACCCGUUCUUGAACGCUGGAGUUCUUCAACACGAGUCUGACGUUUCAUUGCGGGAGCUUUUGUCUGUUAUUCAGCGGCCAAUGAUUUCUUCCACCGUUGUCACAGCGAUCAUCAACCAGACCAGUGCUUUGCAACGAGCUCGACCUCAGUUUAUACCCGCCAUUCUCGGAACUUGGACAUCCUUCAUCAAACCUUCGCCUCCACCACACUUCACCCCGCUCCAGAUCAGAUUCAUCGACAAAGCGAUCAGGAUACAACUUUUGUCCAUCUCAAAGAUGCAAUUGCAGCCCCCGCAGCUUCAAAUUGUCACAGAUACUCUUUCCAGCUACGGCGUCAAGUACAACGGCAACCCAUUGAGUCGGUCACAGCAGCAACAACUUCUUCACCCAGACGACGAUUCUAGGCGAUCAUCAAAGCGUGGAAGGUCCAACAAUAACCAAGACGGCGAGGAUAUGGAGUUGAAGAGGAUGAAGCAAGAGCCUGACACCCGCGGCACAAACACACCACCUAUGCCUGCUCCAGCAGGGCCGCCAACAUUACCGGGACCACCGGGACCACCGCCGCCGCCCAACAUCCCCCCGGGCUUUGGUCAGAAUGUGCUCAGCCAAAUCAACAUUACCCAGCUGCCAGUCCAUCAUGUUGUUGACAUUAUUUUCGAGACCCUUGCUGCAAACCACAUUCCUCACCUCUUUCACUCUUUCCUCUCAACACUGCCAAUCAUGGGAUUGAAGGAAGGCAACUUGCCCAUGCCCCCACCAGGAGCAGGACCUCCACCACCAGGGCUCUUACUUCAACGACCACCACCACCUAUGCUCCCACCAGGAAUGAUGCCACCACCACCUCACGGACAUCCCUUUCCUCCACCUCCUUUCGGGCACCCUCCACACCUUGGACCACCAGGACAUUUCCCUAUGCCAGGAGCUGGGCCUCCUCCACCCAUGCCUGAAGUCAAGCAGGAGGCAAGGCUUGAGGUCAAGAAGGAGCUCAACAUUGCCAAACUCGCCCUCCCUCGUAUUCCCGAUAACAUUCAGGUCAGCAUUAAGGUCAUGCCUCCCAAGCAUACUCCCACUCAGCUUCCCUCACGACCCGUUAUUGUCGUUUCAGACACCGUCACUGUCGCCGCUUUGCCUUCGCGGACAAAUGAGGAGGAUGGCAAGGCCACUGACAAGGAUGUCAAGAUGGAGGCCAAGAAUGCAGACUCUGAGGAAUCAAGGCGGCUUUUGAAGCAGGAAACCUUCCAAGUCAAGCCCUUUGAGCCAACAGGCGAUCGUCCAGUCGUGGAUAUAGCCCUACCACCUACCAGGAAGCUACUGGAACUCGCCUUUGAGCGUAUCCUCGGAUCGGAGCAUUUGGUCUCAGUGCCAGGCGUGACCGGGAGAAAGAUGCUUGAGGCAGCUGCGUCCGGAAACCGACCAGAGGAUUCAGAGAGCGAAGCUGCUGAAGGUACGGAGGGAGCAGUUGUGCCGUUCGACAAGGACAACGCCAAGGAUCAUACUACCAAGGUGGUGACCAAGGCCGACUGGAUGUCGAUUGUCUCGCGACUUCUGACAAGAGCUUUCCCAAGGAACUCGGACGAGGUGGCUGCAUCAGGUGUGCAGAGCAUGAAGGAGAAGAUGGUGGACUAUAUCUGCCAAGACUUCAAGCAGCGGAGGGAGCUGGCGCUGACUUGGCUUCACGAAGAGUGGUACUACGAAGGAAUGUACCGUCGCCAGUCGGGUGAAGACAUGGAUGAUCGAGAACCACAAUAUCUCUGGUGUCUCUACAAGAUUCUCGAUGGAAUUACAUCCGGAACCGAUUACGAUGCCAAGGAUCGGGGUCUGACGCGCUUCCUGCUAGAAGUACCUGAGCUGCCGGAUGGUGCGGUGGAUAUGAUCCAAAAGUACUGCGAUGACCCACUGAGAGCACAGCAGGGCAUUGUGUGCUUACGUGACGUCGUGAAUCUUCGCCCACCCAGUCGAGCGCGCGCUCUGGCACUCUUACUGAGCUACACAACCUACCCCGAAAAGCAGCAGCGAUCGAUGGCGAUUGUAAUGGCCAAGAAGUGGUAUCUGGAACAUUCGACCGUCGGACCCCAGGUGGAGGACUUUGCGUUGGCCCAAUUGGACGCGCUCAAGGAUUACCCUGUCCCCAAACGCGCUGCCGAUGCACCGGACUCAUCUCAUGAAGGAUCUGGUGCUGCCAUGGAGGGGGUUGUUCGCUCAAGUCCCGAGAUUUCACGUCGAGACUCUUCAGACACUGCUGUCAAGUCCGAGGUCAAGGACGAACCCAUGGACAACCACGACCAUCUCCGCUCACCUGUCGCUACAGGAAACUCUGGAGUAGAAGGAGGUUUGUCAAGCGAGGCCUAUGAACAGGCACUGAGGGUAGCGCACGACGAUAUUGCGCGCUUGCUCGAGUUGUACUUUUCACUCUGUGCAAAAAACCACAGUCUUUUGGGAGUGUUGCUGUCGCAGUACACCGCGUUUGAUCCGUUUGUGCAGCGGGUGAUUCGACAGACGAUUCAUCCCCUCAUCAAGUCGAUUAAAUCAGACUCGGCCAAGCUCCUUGCCCUCAUUCGCGAUUUCCCGCUGGGUGCAGAGAUGCUCGUUCUGAGGAUCAUUUUCAUCUUGACUGACGGAGUUCGUCCAUCACCCGGCUUGGUCAGCGCAGUACAGGCAGCAGUGAUCCAGCACGAUUUGAAUGCCCGGUUUUUGGUUCCCAUCAUUAGUGGACUCAACAAGGAAGAGGUCCUGGCCAGUCUACCAAGGAUCGUCAGUCUCCUGAAGGGUACCGAGCGGGAACGCAGGACUGUCACAGACGUGUUCUUGAAAUUGCUUUCGGGAUCUUCUGCCACUGCAGCAGGUGGGCCAGGAGCUACCAACAGCAACAGUGGACCUGGUGCGCCUGGAGCAGCAGGUCAACAGAAUGGAGCACCUGCAGUACAGGGUGGUAGUAGUGGGAACUUGGCCAGGCGUGAUAGCAGUGCUGGUGCAGCCCAGGCUGGCGGUGUCAGUAUCCAGGCUCGUGGCCCUGUCUUGUCGCCCUCGGAGCUGUUGAUCCAGCUUCAUCUGAUGGAGGACGUUGUCGGAUGGAAGGCUGCCUGUGAAGCGAUGGACAUCUGCUUCCACCACCCAGAGAUCUACAAAUCAGAAAUCAUCGCCGUCGUCCUGCAACAACUCCUCGACAUGCCCAACAUCCCCUCGCUCUUCAUGCGCACCGUCAUCCAAGCCAUCACACUCUACAAGAAUCUCAUUGGAUUCGUCAACAGUAUGAUCCUGGCUCGCAUGAUCCAAAAGAACGUCUGGUCUCGCCCCGUCCUUUGGAAGGGCUUUGUCCGAUGCGCGAAAAUGAUGCAACCGACAAGUGCUAGUGUGAUUGCUAGUCUGCCACGUCAACAGCUUAAGGAGGUUUUGGCGAUGGAGCCGUCGUUGAAGGAGUCGGUCGAUGCGUAUCAGAAGGCAAAGUCUUCGGGACGGAGGGUUGGUGGUGGCGCUGCCAAGCAGUUGAAUGUGCAUAAUGUUGCCUCCCUGCCUGUUCCUGCUCCAGGGUCUGGAUCGGGAUCAGGGCCAGGAGGAGAAGAUGGGGAGGGUGGUGGUAAUAGUAGUAGAGGUCCAGAGAAGGACGAGAGGAUAACUGUUGGAGGAGAUUCGUAA